AUGUCCAACCCUUCAGAGCAGUCUCUAUCUCCUUCUGCCCCCUCAGCCAAUUCAGUAAGUGUUAAGAAGCGCCGCGCAUCCAAAGCGUGCUCCUGCUGCCGCACCCGCAAGGUCCGCUGCGACGUCCUGCAGACCGGCCGCCCCUGCACCAAGUGCCGCCUCGACGGCUUCGAGUGCGUCCUGCUGCAGCGCAAAAAGCGGCGCAAGAAGUGGCGCAAAUGCGCGGCUCACGCCUUGCAGAGUGAUCCCUUGGAAGUAGUCGGUGAGCCGGCUCGGAUAGAUACAGGCUCGUCUGCGCGGUCGCUCCCCCAGCACGCGAUGCUACAUAAGGUGCCGCACUACCCCUUCUUCCGCGACUUCACGUCCCACGGCCAGCAGCCGCUGCCGCCGGCGUGGAAGGAGGAGGAGAAGGAGGAGGAGAAGGAGGAGGAGGAGGAGGAGGAGGAGCAGAUAUCGCAGGGGGGGAGACUGACGGGCGCUGACGUGCAGUAUUUGAGGCACAAGGGCGUGUUUGAGCUGCCACCGAAGAGGACAAUGGACGAGUUUGUCGCCAACUACUUUCAGGUGUUCCACCCGUUCUUCCCAGUGGUGGAUAAGUAUGGGUUUUUGGAGAGAUAUUACGCGACAGAUUAUGAGGGGAUUUUGAAUCGGAGGGGGCCGAGUUUGCUGCUGCUGCAGGCGGUUCUCUUUACUGCGAGUGCGACCGUACCAGUGAGCACUUUGCGGGAUAAUGGGUUCUCGUCUCGGAGACAGGCGAGAAGCGUGCUUCAUCAAAGAACUCGGUAUUUACAUGACUUUGACUUCGAGUCUGACGAUGUCACAACCAUCCAAGCCCUCUUGUUGAUGAGCCACUACUACCCAUCCAUGGUCGAACAGAAACACACCUGGUUCUGGGUCCAUCAAGCCAUAUCCCUCGCCCAAGGUGUCGGCCUCCACCGUGAUGCCAGCCAAGUCCCCCAGCGUAAGCUCUGGGCUCGCAUCUGGUGGGCGUGCGUCGUGCGCGACCGCCUCAUCACGCUGGGCACCGGCCGCCCAAUGCAAAUAAACAGCCUGGACUGCAACGUGCCGAUGCUGACACCGGCAGACCUGGAGGAGGAGGGCGACAGUGAAGAUGACCGCGCGGUCAAGGCCGUGUUCGUGGAGUUCGUGCGCCUGUGUCAGUACAUGGAAAGUGUACUGUCGCUCCCGCAUAGCGUAGUGGCGACGAAGGAGUUGUUACCAGAGCAGAGUGAGCUGUGUGAGACGAUGUUGAGACAUUGGAAGGAUAAUCUGGUGCCGGCGGCCAGGGGGGUUGAGGAUGCUACUGGGGGGUUGAGCAGACGAGGUUUGUGCACAUUGUACAGGGACGUCCUGCAUUUGAUCUACAACCGUUCCGGCGGUGCACAGUUACCAUCGCCAAAAGUCCAAGCUGCUGCUGAAGACUCUACUCGACUGGCUGUCGAGCUUGUCGAGCUUGAUCUUGUCAAAUUCUGCCCGACAAUAUGGUUGUCCCCUUCACCCACCUCCUACAUCAUGCUUGAUCUGACACAGAGCAGUGUUACCGCCAUACUACCACCACUGAUUGUCCAUCUCCUCAUGAUGCGCGCCUCUCGCGAUGAUCUCGGCAAGUAUCCAGCCGCAGAGAACUUUGACAAGUGCAUAGUCUUCCUGAAGCAGCUAAGUGAGAUAUACUGGCACGCAAGUUUCUACAAUAAGUUUUUUGAGAGCGCUGCUUCCUGCUCCCAGAACGCGGCAGCGACGGCCAACGGCGAGCGGGAUCCCCUGAUUGCGUUCCUGAAUGACCGCAUGCCAGCAAGGCAGCAGUUUGGUAAAGCGUUGGAACCACAAGGCCAGAGCACAAGUCGAAGGCGGACGUCGGUAGAUGACGAGGAGGACUAUGCACAGGCUAGACUGACAGAACGGCCUGGUGACAAGGAGAAUGGUCAGGGCGACAUGCUGGCCUCGAAUGAGGCAAGACUGCCUGUGCUAUCUGGCCCAGCAACCCAGACCGUCACGGCCCAAAUGCCUGAAUCGGAGAGACUGGAUACUGGUGACGCCACAUUCCUGGAUUCUGGUGCCCAGCCGUUUGAGGACUGGUCAGAUGAUCUUGGAUAUUUCCACAACAUAUUCCCGUUUGCCUAG